UGUACCAUUUCUAUUUCAGUUAUUGACCUCCAGAAAAAAUGGAAACAUCUCCGUGACUACUAUGUUAGAGAGAAAAAAAAAGAGAACAAUGUUCGCAGUGGAAGUUCUGCUGCUGCAAAGAAGAGGAAAACGCCAUACGUAGAAAUGCUUCGUUUCUUAGAUGUGUUAAGAGAAAUGCGCCCUACAACUAGUAAUAUAGAAGCUGAAUUUUAUGAAACAAGUGGUGAAGAGAACCAACUACAAGAGACUGGAAGCGAAUCGUCAAAUUUCAGUUCCAAGCGUGCCAGUCGCAAAGACCAGAGUAUGACAAUGUUUCAGAGGUCAUUAAUUAACAGUAUGGAGAAAUCUUCACAAGAUGAUAGUGAUUCAGAUAAACAGUUUUUGCUGUCGUUACUUUCACAGAUGAAAAAAAUGUCUGAAGCACAAAAUUUUGACUUCCGUUUAGAUAUUAUGAAUUUGGUAAAAAAAUAUAGAUUUGCUACAACAAGUACAGUGCAACAAUGUAACAUCCAGUCCGAUCAAGGUAAUUACGAACAAGGUCGUCUGUCAUUGCCGCAGUCUUCUCAGUUUGAACACACCGGUUACUAUACAACUGACUACUAUACGGACUCACCACAAUCAGCGACCUCGCAGGUUUCAAUUGAAGAAGAUAUUGAAGCAUUAAUGCAGAGUUAAUCCGUUACGUUUAUUUAAAAAUUGGUUGAUUUUGGAUUUUUGUAUCAUUUUAAUAUACAUGUCAAUAAUAUUAAAAUACUAAUGUCAAGAACAAAAGCAGUUAUUAUUAUACAACUUACCUGUAUCUACCUAUAAUAUCUUACAUCAAUGUAAUAGUCAGUCUUUCUUCAGGAGUAAUGG